UGUAUUUACUAAAUUAUGGAUGGAAAACCCUUUGUCCGUAGGUUUCCACUGGUUAAUGGAAGCGGCACUAACUUAUGUCAAAUUUUGUUUGGGGUUGUAAUUGCUCCCAUAGCUGUAUAUGUUGGAUUUUUUUGGAUGUCCCUCUGGCCUGUCAACGUUUGUUUUGAUUUCAGAAUAAUGGGGGCCGGUGGAAAUAUGACUGCACCCCGUGCGCGUAAAAUUGCUGAAGCUGACACCGUCAAGCGAGUUCCGUACGCUAAGCCUCCGUUCAGCCUCGGCGAGGUCAAGAAAGCCAUCCCACCUCAUUGUUUUCAGCGCUCUGUCAUCCGCUCCUUCUCCUAUGUCUUUUACGACCUCGCCAUUGUUUCUAUCCUUUACUACAUUGCUUCCACCUACAUCCAGAACCUCUCUCAACCUCUCUCCUUCUUGGCGUGGCCUAUUUAUUUUUAUGUUCAGGGCUGUGUUUGCACCGGUGUUUGGGUCAUAGCACACGAGUGCGGUCACCAUGCUUUCAGUGAUUACCAGUGGCUGGAUGACACUGUUGGUCUGAUCCUCCACUCUUGCCUUCUUGUCCCAUACUUCUCAUGGAAGUAUAGCCAUCGCCGCCACCAUUCCAACACAGGUUCCCUUGAGCGGGAUGAAGUCUUUGUCCCCAAGCAAAAGUCUGCAAUAGGGUGGUGGGCAAAAUAUCUCAACAACCCACCAGGCAGAUUCCUCACUCUCGCCGUCCAACUCACUCUAGGCUGGCCUCUGUAUCUGGCAUUCAAUGUUUCCGGAAGGCCCUACAAGGGAUUUGCUUGCCACUAUCAUCCAUAUGGCCCGAUCUUCUCUGAUCGCGAACGAUUGCAGAUAUUUGUGUCUGAUAUUGGUGUCCUUGCUGUCUUCUAUGGGCUUUACCGUCUUGCUGUUGCAAAGGGACUUGCUUGGGUUAUAUGCUUCUACGGAGGUCCUCUAAUGGUAGUGAACGGAUAUUUGGUGUUGAUCACAUACUUGCAGCACACUCACCCCGCACUGCCACACUAUGAUUCCUCCGAAUGGGACUGGUUCAGGGGAGCUUUGGCCACCGUUGACAGAGACUACGGAAUCCUGAACAAGGUUUUCCACAACAUCACGGACACUCACGUUGCUCACCAUUUAUUCUCAACCAUGCCGCACUAUCACGCAAUGGAGGCGACCAAGGCGAUCAAGCCGAUCUUGGGCGAGUACUAUCAGUUCGACGGGACUCCGGUUCACAAGGCAAUGUUUAGGGAGGUGAAGGAGUGUAUCUACGUUGAGCCCGACGAGGGUGACGAGAAAGGCGUCUUCUGGUACAAUAAUAAGCUGUGAAGUGCUGGCGAGUACUAUCAGUUCGACGGGACUCCGGUUCACAAGGCAAUGUUCAGGGAGGUGAAGGAGUGUAGCUACGUUGAGCCCGACGAGGGUGACGAGAAAGGUGUCUUCUGGUACAAUAAUAAGCUUUGAAGUGCUUAUGUUGAAGGUGUCUACAAGAAUAAUUUUAUAUCAAUAUAAGUGCUUUUUCAAUAA